AUGGUUUCCCAACCCCAAAUUGUCGACGCAAUCAUCAUUGGAGCAGGACCAGCAGGUCUCAACGCCGCCCUCACAUUCGCCCGCACUCGCUCUACAGCGCUCGUAUUCGAUUCGCGUGAGUACCGCAACGAAGGCAUCAAGCACAUGCACACUGUCGCAUCUCGAGACCACCAAGACCCAUACGCUUUCCGCGCAACUGCACGGGAGCAGAUCGAGUCGCGCUACGAGACUGUCUGGUUCCAACAAUCUACUAUCACCCAUGCAGCCAAAAAGCUCGUUGGUGAAGAGCAGUACGACGGCUUUGAAGUCAAAGACAGCAAUGGCAACAGUUACGAAGGCCGGAAACUAAUUCUUGCGACUGGGUCGAAGGACGUGAUGCCUGACAUUGAGGGCUACAAGGAGAAUUGGCCUGCCCAUAUAUACCAGUGUCUAGCAUGCGAUGGCUAUGAACAGCGUGAUACACCAAUCGGAAUCCUGUCCUUCGACAGCCCGAUGUAUGCGCACAUGGUUCAAAUGGCAACGAGCUUUGACAAACGCAUAACCGUCUUCAGCAAUGGCCCGAUAUCUCAGGAAGAGCCGAUUCAAAAGGCUCUCAAGGCUUCAAAAGCUUUCGGCGCAAAGCUCGACGAGCGCAAGAUUGUUCGGCUAAUCAACAAUGGGCCAUCGCAUACAGACGGCGUCACUAUCGAAUUUGAGUCAGGCGAACCAGUCACACUCGGCUUUAUCGGUCAUAGACCGGUCACUGUAAAUCGCGCUCAACAUCUCAUCGAGCAAUUGGGUCUCGAAACUGUGGAUGUAGCCAUGGGCGGACAUGUCACGAUUACUAACCCGAUGUUCAACGAAACAUCCGUGCGUGGAGUGUUUGCCGCUGGCGAUACAAUGGUCGCGAUGAAGCAGGUCGCAAUCGCAAUGGCAGAGGGACUCAAAGCUGCCGCGGGCGCGGGCUUGCAAUUGGGCCAGGAGAGGAGUGAGCAAGUGGUCAAGGAUUAUGAAGCUAGCGAGGCGGAGAAGGUCAAGGGGAAUGCGUUUACAUCUUCAGGCUAG